GUUAAAAAGAACAGAUCCUGUGUGUGCGACCUUACACGACAUAACCUGAAAAUGGCAGCCGAGGAAAGACAGACGACAAGUGAAAAAAAGGCCAAACCGAUCUUCUGUGAACUCUCUGCUAACGAUUUAGAACCGGAAAUUACGAAGAUCGAGAGCUUAUGCGUGGAAUGCGGGAAAAAUGGGAUUACCAGGCUACUGUUAACGAAAAUUCCACAUUACAAGGAUGUUAUACUCAUGUCUUUCGAGUGCGAACACUGUGGCUAUCAAAAUAACGAGAUACAAAAUGGUGGGAAGAUAGCGGAGAAAGGUGUCAAAAUAACAUUGCAAGUUGCAACGCAACAGGAUCUGAAUCGUAUAAUGGUUAAAUCUGAUUAUACCAGCAUUUGUAUUCCCCACUUGGACUUUGAGAUUCCUGCGCAAUCGCAAAAGGGAGAAAUUACAACGAUAGAAGGAAUAAUUAAUAGGAGUAUUAGAGCUUUGGAGCAGGAUCAGUCGAGACGUCGAGAAGAAUUCCCAGACACUGCAAUAGAGAUAGAUCUAUUUAUCAGCAAAUUACAUGCACUGAAAGUACUUGACGAGCCAUUCACUAUAAUCUUUCAAGAUAUUUCGGGAAAUAGUUACGUGGAGAAUCCUAAAGCACCAAUCAAAGAUACUCAAUGUAAUAUAACAUACUUUAAAAGAACAAAAGAGCAGAAUUGUAUACUGGGAAUUUACUUGGAUAACGAAGAUGCUUUGCUCAAGCCAAUACAGGAGGGAGAAUAUACUCUGGAACAAAUUGAAGGUGAAGUGUUGUCCUUUCCCACCAAUUGCCCGGAUUGCAACAGUCCCUGUGAAACAAAUAUGAAACUGACAAAUAUACCACACUUCAAAGAGAUUGUUAUAAUGGCCACGCUUUGCGAGUCUUGUGGUCAUAGAACUAAUGAGGUGAAAAGUGGUGGGGGAAUCGAACCUCAAGGAGUUAGAAUUGAAGUGACAAUAACAGGCAAAGAAGACUUCACUCGCGAUUUAUUGAAAUCCGAAACUUGCGACAUGGAGAUACCCGAAUUAGAAUUAGAAGUCGGUCCAGCUGCUUUGGGUGGUCGAUUCACAACUGUUGAAGGGAUCAUAACAGCGAUAAAAGAACAGUUAUCUUCAUCUACGGCUUUCACCGGAGAUAGCAGUGAUUUGGAAACUGGGAAGAGGAUGAAGACAUUCAUCGCUCAUUUAGAAGAGAUUUUAGAUGGUCAAAGAGAAGUGACUCUAAUUUUAAAUGAUCCGGCUGGAAAUAGCUAUGUACAAAGUCUCUCCGAUGAUGGACCUGAUGAUAGAUUAAAGAUCAUAAAGUAUGACAGAAGUUUCGAGCAAAAUGAAGAACUUGGACUCAAUGACAUGAAAGUCGAAAACUAUUAAACUUGUGUUAAAUUAGAAGAACAAAGUAUGAUGAAAGUAUAUCUGAAAAAUGGCCAGAUAACAAAAACUUUUCAUCUUAAAUCACCAUUGCCAUUGUAACAAAGAUUUUAUUGUCCAACUAACUUGCAUCAUGUAAAUAUAAAUUUUAUAUUAUU